AAUGUUUAUUUUUUUUAAAAUGUAAUUUUUUAAGAAGAAUUUAUUUUGUUUGUGUAUUAGAAAAAUUAUACUAUUAGAAAAAUUUUUCUGAUUAUGAAAUUGUAUUUUCACUUUUGCUAAUUUUAUUACUACAAUAUGAAUGACAUGGAACAAUUAGAAAAUACAGAUAAUGGAAAAUGUAGUUCUUAUUAUGCCUUAUUAGUUGCAUUUAAAACUAUGAAUGAACGUUGUCAACAAUUAGAAACAAGAUUAGCAAUUGUUGAAGAAGAGAAUAUGUGUUUAAGACUUGAAUGUGGAAAAGAUGAAUCUGCAAUGAUUAUAAAAAUUAAUGAUAAUAAUGAAAAAACUAUUGUGCAAAGUUUAAAGGAAAAAAUAGAAGAACUUAAAAAACAAAAAUCUCAACUUACUCAUCAAGUUUUUAUGGUAGCAGCAGAAAAUCGCCAAUUAUGGAACAGAUUAAGUAAAUUAACAAAAACUAAUAAAUCUUUAGGAAGUCAAUUGACAAAAAUCUCUGAUACGCUUAAACAACAUUCUCCAGUACAAGCAUCAGACAUUGUCUCUUAUAGUUUUCGAGGUAUUUUUAAUUCUACUAAAGAAGAUAACAAUCAGCAAUGUACAUUAGUUACAAACAAUGGUGAGAAAGAACAAAGCUUAGAGGAAAUAUCACUUAGACUUAUAAAUAGUAUUAUGUUGGAAAAAUCAGAUCUUGAACAGCAAUAUGCAGAGAUGGUUGAAAUGCAAAAUAAUACUGAAUUAGAUUUACGAAAUAUUGGUUUUACUUAUCCAGAAGACUCGGAUACAGAUUUAGAAUUAUUAAAACAACAUGAUAUUAGAUUAUCGCAAAUGAAAAACAGUUUAUUAGCACAACAAAUAAAACUAAAAAGAGCAUUGCAAAAUUUCAAAAAAAAGAAAGAAGGAUUAAUGUGUAAUAAUUGUCGUACAAAUGCAAAUAAAAAAAUGUGUCAAGCAAGUACUCAGUUUAAUUUUAAUGAAAAUAUUAAAGAACAUAGUGCAACUCAAACCAGUCUCCAAACUUCGAGUUUAUCUUUAGAAAAAUGUUCCAAUUCAACAGAUAAUACAGACCAAGACAAUAAAAUUUGCCCAUUAUGUGGAAUGUUUUAUGGAAGAACUACUACAUUUGCAGAUUUCCAUGAACAUGUUUUAAGUCAUUUUAAUAAAGAUCUAUCUGUAGAUGGUUUUGAAAUUCUUCAUUAAUGAAAAUAGAGGUUAUGAACAGCAUCUUGAUUUUCUAAAAUUUUAUGUCGUUAUAUUAUUUUAUUUUAAAAGCAA